CACCUGACAAAUUAUGAUUGUAAUCCGCCAUUAAACUAAAAGAAGUAGAAGAAGCCGUUCUGAAAACAGAUUCUAACGAUGGCGAGUGCGAAGUGCUGCAGCGAAGGCCCUUCACAACAAGGAGGUCCUCCUGGCAUCCCUCGUCUUUCAGCAGGACCGGAAGAGAAGGGAGGCAGUGUGAAAACUAAGACUGUCUCUUCCAGCACGGCAUCAGGAGACAGUCUGCGAAAGCGGUCUGCUGAUGAGAUCGGCCUCGAAGAUGAGUCUAAAAGCAAGCCAGCACCAUCUAAAAUAUCUAAACUGGGGUUUAGCAUGACUGCGAAGAAGCCUACACCAAUCUCUAUCAAGCUGGGAGCAAGUAAACCUAAAGAACCCACACCUGCCUUACCUGCCAAGAAAGCUGGACUUGCAUCAGUUUUUAAUGAGGAUGAUGAUAGCGAGCCUGAAGAAAUGCCACCUGAGGCAAAGAUGAGAAUGAAGAAUAUUGGCAGAGAAACGCCCACAUCUGCUGGACCCAAUUCCUUUAACAAAGGAAAGCAGGGAUUCUCAGACUGUCAGAAACUCUGGGAGAGGAAGUUUAAAACCCAGCCAGAUCAAUAGUGUCUGGCUGCUUUCUAGUUUGCUUUUUGGUAGCGAAAUAUUUGCCCCUUUUGUCUCUUUGUUUGAUGAACAAUGUACAAAUGUAUUUAUGUAAUGAAUGUUUACACUAUAAAGCAUCUUUUUAUUGUAGCUACUUUGAUUUUUUUUCUUUUACCACAUGGUUAAAUAAUGCCUUCCUGUGUAAGAUGCAAACCACAACAGAGAAAAUUAGAAUACUCUUUCUCGCUGUACAAUAUGGUUUGUGCCACACCGACCUCUGUUAUCAUUCUCUUUUAGUUGAAUUGUUCUCCAGAGAAGGAAUGUAGUGUCCCAAUCAUUUAGGAUCGUUUCAUCAAGACAUUGUAGUUUAUAAAGUCAUUAAUAAAUGAGAGAUGUUGAAUCAC